UGUGGCCGUAAAUCAAGUAAUCUUCUGACUAAUGACUUGGGAUUCAAGUAAUUCGUGUUUCUUGCAGCAGAACCCGCCCUAUAUGUCCAUUGAGUUGGACUCCGAUAAAUGGCAAAUAACGGGCGGAACUGAAUUCAAUUUGUUGACAACUUUUAGCAAACAUUUGAACUUCACUUACACUGCAAUCAAUUGUAACAACGAAUGGGGAACUCAGUUGACGGACAACCAGUCGUGGAACGGCAUUAUCGGCGAAUUGCAGUCCAAAAGAGCGGAUCUCGGGAUGUCUGAGGUCUCGAUGUCGUCUGAGAGGACACAAGUGGUCAACUUUUCGUAUCCAUUUUCUGUCACUUCAAUGACUUUCAUGACUUCUUUGCCCAAAACAAAGACCAACUUUGAACUCGUGUUCAAUGUUUUCGACGCUUGGAUUUGGAUCUCUAUUUUGGGAUCUCUUUUCCUGAUUUUGCUUUUCAUAAGACUUUUGAGUCGAGAAAAGCCGGAAAUGAGAAAAAUUCAUUUGAGUUGGAACUGUAUUUCCACUCUUUUCAAACAACCAAUGAUUCACUAUUUGCCGCCAUUUUUGUCUCUAAGAAAUGUGUUUUUCUUUUGGAUUCUUUCGUCUUUCGUCUUGACUUCGAGUUAUAGUCAAUGUCUUUACUCAUUAAUGGCGAUUCCUCUUAAAGAACAGACAAUAGAAACCAUCGAAGAAUUGGCGGUCGCUUUAAAAUCGCGUAAAAUUCGUGUUCAAACCGAACGAAGUUCCGAUGCUUUGCAAUCAUUUAAAAACUCAGAGUUCAGUCUUUACAAAGAAAUUGCAGAAUAUAUUGAAGUUAUUCUAAACGACGAAAAACUCAUUCAAACAGUCAUUGAAUCUCAAGAAUCGGUGGCU